CUUUCAGUCCACAUUGCAGCAUAAGCAAUAUUUUCUCAAAGUGAAAAGUAGCACCAUUUAGCUUUUCACAAUUUCCAAGCUAUCACACCAUGGCCAAAUCACUUCUCUUUCUCUUUCUUUUUCAUCUGCUCCUUUCUUGCAAGUCAGGAGGGCAUUUAAAGUUUGCUAAGGGAUUGGAAAUCGUGAACACUACAUGGUGUAUCGCAAAUCCUUCAGCAAGUGAAGUUGCACUGCGUAAUAACAUUGAUUAUGCUUGUAAUAUGUUGGGUGAUUGCAAGAUGAUCCAACCAGGUGGAUCCUGCUACGACCCCAACAAUCUCUUCAACCAUGCCUCUGCUAUCAUGAAUCAGUACUAUGCAAUUAAUGGCAGAAACAACUGGAAUUGUGACUUCACAGGCUCUGGUAUCAUUGUUACAAGUGAACCAAGUUACGGUAGCUGCAAGUAUGCUUAGUUGGAAUAAACCGGAUGAAGAGAAAUAUACCUUAUUUAGUCAUAUAUUACUUGCAUUAUUGCUAUGUUUGAUUUCCCAUGUCUAUUAUAUAGGUGCUUUUAGGACUAGGAAAAAAUUUACAAAUUGUUAUUAUUAUCUUUCUAUUUUCUUAAGUCUAGGUUGUUUAUGUAUUUCACAAUAUGAUGGAAUAAAAUAUACAAACACAAUGUUUUAGUAAUUG